AUGGCCUCGAAGGACACCAUCUUCCGCUCGGCGGACAUGUCGUUGACCCAGUUCUACAUCUCCAACGACAUCGGCCGCGAAGUAGUAUCUGCAAUGGGCGAGCUUGGCAUAGUCCAGUUCCGUGACCUCAAUGCCGAGACAACUGCCUUCCAGCGAACCUUCACAAAGGAGAUCCGACGCUUGGACAAUGUCGAGCGCCAGCUGCGAUACUUCAGAGCUCAGAUGGAAAAGGCUGGCAUCGAGAUGAGAAGCAGAUUCGAUUUUGACGAUGACAUGCUUGCCGCACCUCAAGCGAACGAGAUCGAUGAGCUCGCUGAACGUUCCGAACACCUCGAGGACCGUAUCUCGAAAUUGAACGAGAGCUACGAGAUCUUGAAGAAGAGGGAGACUGAACUGACGGAAUGGCGAUGGGUUCUGAAAGAGGCUGGCGGUUUCUUCGAUCGAGCGCACGGCCAGACUGACGAGAUUCGCCAGAGUCUGGAUGACGACGACGCACCUCUUCUGCGGAACGCCGAAGCUGAGGAAGGUCGAGCCAUGAACGGCGAUGCAGACCGAUCGCAGCAACAGUCAUUCGCUGUUAUGAAUAUCGGCUUCGUAUCUGGUGUCAUUCCUAGAGAGAGACUGCCCGCCUUUGAGCGAAUUCUAUGGCGAACACUUCGUGGCAAUCUUUACAUGAACCAAUCUGAGAUCCCUGAAGUUCUGAUCAAUCCGGAGAACAACGAAGAGGUCAGGAAGAAUGUCUUCGUCAUCUUUGCCCAUGGCAAGGAGAUCAUUGCGAAAAUCAGAAAGAUUUCAGAAUCCCUAGGAGCCGACCUGUACAACGUUGACGAGAACAGCGACCUGCGCCGCGAUCAGAUCCACGAAGUCAACACUCGUCUGAGCGAUCUCGCAAGCGUCCUCCGCAACACCAAGAACACUCUCGACGCCGAGCUGAAUGCAAUUGCUCGAUCGCUCGCCGCAUGGCUGAUCGUCAUCAAGAAAGAGAAGGCUGUGUUUGAUACACUCAAUCGCUUCUCCUACGAUCGUGCUCGGAAGACGCUUAUUGCCGAGGCAUGGGUGCCAACGAACUCCCUGCCGCAGAUCAGAGCCACUCUGCAGGACGUCAAUGACCGCGCCGGUCUGUCGGUUCCAACCAUUGUCAAUCAGAUCAAGACGAACAAGACGCCGCCUACUUACGUCAAGACCAACAAAUUCACAGAAGGGUUCCAGACCAUCAUCAACGCUUAUGGUACUGCCAAAUACCAAGAAGUCAAUCCUGGUGUCUACACUAUCGUCACCUUCCCCUUCCUGUUCGCUGUCAUGUUCGGUGACUUCGGUCAUGGCACGCUCAUGACCAUGGCAGCAGCAGCAAUGAUCUACUUCGAGAAGCCUCUGUCACGCUCGAAGCAAGACGAACUCUUCGCCAUGGCAUUCUACGGUCGCUACAUCAUGCUCAUGAUGGGUAUCUUUUCCAUGUACACCGGUCUAAUUUACAACGAUGUCUUCUCCAAGGCUUUCACACCCUUCGACUCUGCCUGGGAGUAUCCCGAAGAAGGCCGUCCAGAAGUCACCGCACACCUCAAAGGCUCCUAUCGCUACCCGUUCGGCCUCGAUUGGGCAUGGCACGGUUCUGAGAACGACCUCCUCUUCAGCAACAGUAUGAAGAUGAAGCUCUCCAUCCUGAUGGGCUGGGCACACAUGACUUUCGCACUGUGCUUCUCCGCCGUCAAUGCUCGCCACUUCAAGUCUAAGGUCGAUCUGUUUGGCAACUUCAUCCCCGGCAUGAUCUUCUUCCAGGCCAUCUUCGGCUACCUCGCUAUCUGCAUCGUUUACAAAUGGAGCGUCAACUGGCAAGAAGCGGGUCGCAACCCGCCUUCCCUGCUCAACAUGCUGAUUCAGAUGUUCCUCUCUCCCGGUACCGUCGAAGAGUCCGAACAGCUCUACUCAGGCCAAGCCGGCAUACAAGUCUUUCUGCUGUUGAUCGCCGUCGUCCAAGUCCCCAUCAUGUUGCUUCUCAAGCCAUACUGGCUCAAAUGGCAGCACCAAAAGACCACGGCACAGGGCUACCGUGGCAUAGGAGACACGAGUCGCAUCACUCACGCUUUGGACGACGAUGACGACGAUGACAGUCGGCCCGACCAUCAGACCAAUGGCCGCCCAUCCCAGGACAGCGACGAAGGCGCCAUGAUCACCGAAAAUAUCAACGACGAAGAGCACGAAGAAUUCGAAUUCUCAGAGGAGAUGAUCCACCAGGUCAUCCACACCAUCGAGUUCUGUCUCAACUGCGUCUCUCACACUGCUUCCUAUCUACGUCUUUGGGCUUUGUCGCUAGCGCAUCAGCAGCUGUCGGUCGUUCUGUGGAGCAUGUCCCUCGAAAACGCCUUCGGGUCAAGCGGCGCGACGCAGGUGAUCAUGAUAGUGGUGACGUUCUUCUUGUGGUUCGUACUGACGAUCGCGGUGCUGUGUGUCAUGGAGGGCACGAGUGCCAUGUUACACUCGUUGAGAUUGCAUUGGGUGGAGGCAAUGAGCAAGCAUUUCGUUGGGGAGGGCGUGACUUUUGAGCCGUUUAGCUAUAAGGUCAUGCUUGAGGAGGAUCCUGUGGAGUAA